GCCAAUUUGAAACAACGGAACACAGUCAGUCUGAGCGGCACGAGACACGAGCUGUGACGCGCGCGCCGCCGGAGGUCUUUUUUUUUUUUAAACUGCUCUUCCCCGUCAAAGGUGUGGUAAACAUGGAGGAGGCCAACAAGCUGAUUGGUACCGGGAAGAAGCACUUGGUGAUGGGGAAGGUAGUGGAGGCUGUGAGCACCCUGCAGGAGGCCAGCGGCAUGCUGGCUAAAGAGUUUGGAGACACAGCGGACGAAUGUGGCGAGGCUUUCUUCUGGUAUGGCAAAGCUCUCCUGGAUUUGGCACGGAUGGAGAACUCAGUCUUGGGUAAUGCUCUAGAGGGAGUGCCGGAGGAGGAGGAGGAAGAAGAAGAGAAACCCAAAGACUCCAAUGUUGAGAGCAUAGACAAUGUAGACGAAAAGACCAGAGACGAGCUGAGGGUGCAGGUGUACGACGCCAUGGCGGAGAAGAAAACUGAAGACGGGGAGAAGGUUGAAGGGAAGCAGAGUGGGGAUCCACAGGAGAAGACGGAAGGAGCCGAGGCUGGUGACAAAAAGGAAAAAACCGAAAAAGUAGAGGGGGAGGCUGAAAAGGACAAUAAGAAUGAUGAAAGCAAAUUUGAAAGUAAAGAUAAGAAGGAAAAGAGUGGGGAGGAAGUGGAUGCAAAGGACGACGCUGAACCUGCUGCUAAGGAGAAGGAGGGGGACUCUGGUGAUGCUGCUAAGGGGAAGAAAGAGGGGGACUCUGCUGAUGCUGCUAAGGGGAAGAAAGAGGGGGACUCUGCCACCGCUAAGAAGGAGAAAGAGGAGGACUCUGCCGCUAAGAAGGACAAGACUGCUGCUAAAGAAGAGGAGCCAGCUGAGAAGAUGGACUCUGCUGCUAAAGAGGAAGAAGCAGCUGCUGAGGAGGAAGCAGAUGGCGAGGAAGAUGAGGAGGAAGGAGGCGACGAUGUAGAAAUGGAAGGUGAACCAGAGGAGCAGGGUGAAGGAGACGCCACUGGGGAGAAGGACAGUGACGAUGAGGAGGUGGGUAACCUGCAGCUGGCCUGGGAGAUGUUAGAAGUGGCCAAAGUCAUCUACAAAAGGAAAGAGACGAAGGAGGAUCAGCUAAUGGCAGCCCAGGCUCAUUUGAAACUGGGUGAAGUUUCUGCUGAAUCAGGGAACUAUCCACAAGCACUGGAGGAUUUCCAGGAGUGUCUGAAGCUGCAGGUGAAGCACCUGGACUCAGACAGCCGCCUGCUGGCAGAGACUCACUACCAGCUCGGUCUGACCUAUAGCCUGAACACGCAGUACAGCGAGGCCAUCGAGUCUCUGAAGAGCUCCAUCUCUAUCAUAAAGAACAGGCUUGACAAGCUGCAGGAGAUGCUUGACAAAGCCGAAGGUCCAGAGGCUCUGCCAGAGGAGAGGAAGGAGCUGGAGGAGCUCAAAGCUCUGCUGCCAGAGAUCCAGGAGAAGGUGGAGGACGCCACUGAAAGCCUGAAGACGGCGAGCGCGGCUGUGAAGGACGCGCUGGAUGGAGGCUCAACUUCCUCUGCCUGUGAUGGUUCCACUGCAAAGAACAGCGACUCUUCUUCCACUUCAGAGCAGAUUAAAAGCACAUCCACUUCCACUGGCAACACCUCCACAGCUGCAGUCUCUGACAUCUCCCACCUGGUCAGAAAGAAGAGGAAACCAGAGGAGAGUCCGGUGAAGGAGGAUGUGAAGAAGGUGAAGCAGGACAACAGUCAGCCAGGAGAAAAGCUUCUCACUAAUGGAGAUGCAGGUGAACACGCCAAUGAUAUGGAAGUCGAAAGUAAGUGAAGCUGCACUUUGUCUCCGUUCAAGAAGAGAUUCACCAGCACAACAAGCUCUUAACUGUCUCUUACAUGUUUGCUGUUGUAAAUACAUGUUUGUUCUGUAGUGUUUGACAUUAUACUGUAAAAUUCAAUAAAGAUGGUUGGAUAAACCUGUGUGUUAAACCUU